ACGUGGCGAAGUAGUCGGUACUAGUGCAGGAAGGAACUGCAAAUCCUUGUUGAGCUUGCGAACUUGGCUUUAGGUUUACUCAAACAGAGGCUGGAACCUUACCUUUAUUGUUUGAGUGGGAAAGUCACCUAUGUGGGAGGAGUUCCAGGAUUUAAUUGCUUUUAGGCAAAGCUUUUUGUGCCGCAGCAGGAAGAACCGCCUGACGCUCACACCAAAGGCUCAGAGAAUACCCAGCACCUGAAUACCAUGGCUGGGAAACCCAAGCUUUAUUAUUUCAAUGGAAGAGGGAGAAUGGAAUCCAUUCGCUGGCUGUUAGCUGCUGCAGGUGUCGAGUUUGAAGAGGAAUUUUUGGAAACGAGAGAGCAAUAUGAAAAGUUAUUAAAAGAUGGAUUUCUGCUCUUUCAACAAGUCCCCAUGGUUGAAAUUGACGGAAUGAAGCUAGUGCAGACUCGAGCCAUCCUCUACUACAUUGCUGCCAAACACAACCUCUAUGGGAAAAACCUGAAGGAGAGAGCACAAAUUGAUAUGUACGUGGAAGGAACAACCGAUCUGAUGGGAAUGAUCAGGGUUCACCACAAAUCACCUCCUGGAGAAAAAGAGAAGAAUCUUAGUUUAAUCAUUGAACGAGCCACAAAAAGAUACUUCCCAGUUUAUGAGAAGGUUUUAAAAGAGAACGGGCAACCUUUCCUUCUUGGCAACCAGUUGACCUGGGCUGAUGUCCAACUGAUUGAGACCCUAUUAAUGGCAGAAGAGAAGGAGUCCACCAUUCUCUCACAGUUUCCUUUGUUGCAGGCUUUUAAAGCAAGAAUGUGUGAUGUCCCUACGAUUAAGAAGUUCCUUCAGCCUGGAAGCCCAAGGAAGCCUCCGCCCGAUGAAAAAUUUGUAACAACAGCAAACAGGGUUUUCAACAGGAAAUGAAAACUGGGCAUGUGUUGCACUGCGUUAACUCCUUUCUGGGAAGCAGCUGUCUUUAGCAAUGCUUUGCAAAUGCUUCUUCUCGCUAGUGGGCUGCUUUUAAAUAAUAAUCAAGUUGGCUUCUGGCUAACUAACAAAGUUUUGUGAUAAAUGCUAAUCCAAAACUCUUCAGUGGGCUGCAUUUUGUGGGAGGGGGGUAG